AUGAUACCCAACCAUGUCCUUAUUCUAGGUCCACCAAAUAGUGGGAAAUUACGCAUAAGUGAUUUGAUUCUGAGGGGAGAUGCUAAUUCAGCAAGGUCAAUAGUACAGGAUGAAUCUCAUAGCGGUAUAAUUCAGACAACAUCAUUAACCACAAAGUAUUAUACUGUCAAAUUGAAAUUGAUGAUUGAUGAGUACCCAUCCAAGCGCACCAGCUCAAUCACGGAUGAUGAAUAUAUAAGUGCGUUACAAGAAUGGAAGAGGGAUUUUUUCACUGAAGAAAUGGGGGAGCUACGUGAGGCACUCGAUGGUAUCAUAUUCACGUACAAUAUGAAUACCCACCCCCAGUUUCUACCGAAUUUGUUACUCGAAGUGGAUGAGAUUCGAGCCAAGUUGGAGCAGCUUGAUAACUGGGAUGGGUUUUUGUCUGUAGUCGGAACAGUGCCUUUCGGUGAAGCGGUGGAAUUAUACAAAAUGGACGCUAUUGAGGACGAGGUUAUAACUCAUGGAAUCGAAUUUAUCAAUUUCGAGAAAAGCGGCAUUAAUGAAUACAAAGAGCGGGUGGGCAGAGACAGGUUGCUUGAGUUGUUCGAAACCCAUGGCUGGUCCAAUAUGGAACUACUCGAAAGAGAUCACAGCAAAUACGAGAAGAACAAAGUUAAGAAACUUGAAGGAAUGCAGACACGUCUAUUGAAUGGAACUGACCGUGGUCCUGACUUGGAAGACAUGUUUUCAAAGAUAAGCUUGGCAAGAGAGAAUGCUAGUAAUCUACCUCCUGAACAAAGGGAAAAGUAUGCAAAAGAAAUGGUGGAUGAAUUUAUGGAAUUUUUGUAA